GUUGUUUCCUUUUUCAAACUGUUCUCGACUCUACAUAGAAUCUUAGUUGUGUAGUUCGGAAGUGCAGUCUUCUUGACAGGAGCAGCCUCCGGUGGUAACGAAUGUCAGGCCUUGACCUGAAACAACAGAGAACAUGGAGGAGGACUGUAAACCUCUAUUAAGCCCAGUGCGUAAAGGGAGUUACACAGACACUGGGUCGACAGAUUCACUGGACCGUGCAGCCAGAAGGCCCUUCCACGUGGAACCUCGAAACAUAGUGGAGGACACCCCCUCAGAGAGGGUGACCGCAGAGGCUGCCGUCCUCAGCAGCAGAGUUCACUACUAUGGCCGACUCACCGCUUCGGCAGACAGACUGCUGAGCCCCCCGGACCAUGUGAUCCCCUGUCCAGAGGAGAUCUAUGUGUACAGUCCGCUGGGAACAGCCUUCAAAGUGACCGGAGGCGAUGGAGUGUCCAAAAACCCCAGCAUCAUCACCAUUUUCGCAAUAUGGAAUACAAUGAUGGGGACGUCUAUACUGAGCAUACCGUGGGGCAUAAAGCAGUCUGGGUUCACGUUGGGCAUCAUUAUCCUGAUCCUCAUGGGACUGCUGACCCUCUACUGCUGCCUCAGGGUGCUCAAAUCACCCAAGUCAAUACCGUACAUUGACACAUCUGACUGGGAGUUCCCUGAUGUGUGUAAAUAUUACUUUGGGACCUUUGGCCAGUGGUCCAGUCUGCUGUUCUCCAUGGUGUCACUCAUAGGCGCCAUGGUGGUCUACUGGGUUCUUAUGUCCAACUUUCUCUUCAACACCGGAAAGUUCAUCUACAACUACGCAUACAACGUCAGCAUAUCUGAUACAGAUUUCGGGACCAAUGGAUCAAACCGAGUGAUCUGCCCUUUCCCUGGUACGGGAGGCGACGGGCGAAAUGGCAGCGGCAUCAGUGCCCCAUGCCAGCUGAGUGACGGUUACAGUGGCUACUAUGGCAACAACACCACAGACACAGACCUGUUUGACCGCUGGUGGAGCAAGACCAACACCAUCCCCUUCUACCUCAUCAUUCUUCUGCUGCCACUGCUCAACUUCCGCUCGGCCUCUUUCUUCGCCCGCUUCACCUUCCUGGGGACCAUAUCCGUGGUCUAUCUAAUCAUCCUGGUCACAAUGAAGGCUGUCCGUCUGGGUUUUCACCUUGAGUUUCACUGGUUUGACUCCAGUGAGUUCUUCGUCCCAGAGUUCAGGCUGCUCUGCCCUCAGCUGACCGGCGUUCUCACCCUGGCCUUCUUCAUUCACAACUGCGUCAUCACUCUGAUGAAGAGCAACAAGCACCAGGAGAAUAACGUGCGGGACUUGUCUUUGGCCUACCUGCUGGUGGGACUCACCUACCUUUACGUGGGAGUGUUGAUCUUCGCCACGUUCCCCUCCCCUCCACUGUCAAAAGACUGCAUUGAACCAAACUUCCUGGAUAACUUCCCCAGCAGUGACAUUCUGGUGUUCGUGGCACGGACCUGCCUGCUCUUCCAGAUGACCACUGUCUACCCCCUGCUGGGCUACCUGGUGCGCGUCCAGAUGAUGAGCCAGAUCUUCGGCAAACAUUACCCCGGUUUCUUCCACGUUCUCACUCUGAAUAUUAUUAUCGUUGCCGCUGGUGUCUGCAUGGCAAGGUUUUACCCAAAUAUUGGCUCCAUUAUCAGGUACUCGGGGGCGACGUGUGGCCUGGCCCUGGUCUUCGUCUUCCCUUCCCUGAUACACAUGAUGUCCCUGAAGCGAAGAGGGGAACUCGGCUGGCCCUCGGGCCUCUUCCACAGCCUCCUCAUCGUCCUGGGCGUGGCCAACGUGGCAGGACAGUUCUUCAUGUAGUCAGCCCUGGUUGGUGGGUUUUUUUCCGUCGCCCACCGGGGUUGCGUUCGACAGGGAGCCAACGGAGCAACGAAGGUUAACCGGGACAGCCUGGACUUCCAAUGAGAAACACUAAUUCACGUUUUUCCGUUUUAAAAGGUUUUCUACUUUGUGUCCGGAUUAACGUAACAGAGGACAAGCCUGUUUGUCUGUUCCGGAGAGAAUCUGCGUCCGGGUACUCCGCUGGUAUGAUUGUCACAAGGCAACACACACUGGGGAAUUCAACAGUGUCUGUUUAUCUACCAUCAUUUCACAUUGUCUUCUUAAGGGGGUGUUUUUGUUCAUUUAAAUAGGGCUUGCCUUUCUUCACUUAACUCAGGCAAAUUUACACCGGUUUAUGGACUUUCACGAACCUUUUAACACAUUUAAUUUGAAAUAGUUUUUCAGUUGGUCCUUCAGUUGGGGUGUGGUCAGAGGGGUGAAUGGAGACUGAACAGAUGGUGAGCUUUUUUUUUAUUAGCUAAAAUAUUCAACAUCCAGUGGAAAGUUUUCCUCGCUUUAAGUUUUAGACUGUGGAAGUAGUUGUGGAAAGGUUGUGUGGAUCUGAUUGGCUGGUGUAAGGGUUCUCUAGGUUCAUAGGUGCUGAUGAGUACUUUCUGGCUGAGUGUUGAAAGCCGAAUGACGUCUCAAUCUUCCACUCUUCAGAGCCCGCCAGGCGUUAAGGUGUAACUGGACUACUCAAAAUUGAUAAAGGAGUAAAAAUAAGUUUAAAAAAAUCAGAACAAAUGUAUGUCUGUGUUCAGAUCCGCUGUCUGUCAAUUUGCAACUCCCAUCAAAAAAGCGCCACGAAGCACGGAUCAAAUGAUCGAGCAGCGCUUGUCCUCAUCCCACUCCUACAUGGUUUUUAUUCUUCAUUUGGUCGAUAGUUGAAGCCACGCAAAUAUUUUUGAGAAAAGUUCCACUGCCAAAUGUCUGUGGGAGUUGUGAACGGAUAUCGGUGAUCACUGAAAUGAAGCAGCAUAAUUCCCAAGAGCGAAGUGCUUCCCUGCAUGGUUAUAACAUGAACACCUUCCUCCUGUUUUCAACCCUCUGUUUCAACAAACAUAUUUAUUCUGAGGAAAUGCACAAAUCAUGUCCUGUAUUCAUUGCUUUUUUUAAAAGAAAACAUACAGACUUUGACAUGAAAGCAGAAAUAACAUUUUGUGGUUUCCAUUCUAGGCCUUUUGGACUUUCCAGCCCUUUCGGUGGGGAUAGAUGGUUCAAAUGUUUCCUGGAUCUUAAUGUUUGAAACCACUGUAAUUGUAAGGUGAAUUUGUUCUUGCCGUCGGUCUGUUUUGUAACUUAUUUAAUAUCUUCUAUGUUUAACUGAAUGAUGCCAUAGGCUUUUACGAGCACUGACAGCAUACCUGUAUACUUAUGGAAGCCAUUCUCUAAGUAACUGUAUUUUAAGUAAUUUUCUGUAUGUUAUUCCAGCUGCUGCAUAGUUGUUUAAAUACUUCUUAAUGUUACCAUUGAAUAAAGGGAUUGUAUAGGUGUUUGUGUGCAGGCUCCUAAAACUUA